AUGGCUGGAACAUUUGCAGGUGGCACAGCUGUCGUGACCCGAGCUGGCUCUGCCACAGGGAGAGCAAUAGCACUUGCAUUUGCUCGAGACGGAUGCUCAAACCUAGCCAUUGGCGAUGAGGAUAGCACAUCGCUUGAAGAGACCGUCAGUCUUCUGCGAAAGCAAUAUAACACGCUCAAUCUUCUACACAGCGAGGUCAACUUCAACAACGAGGCUUCUAUUUCUCGUUUCAUCCAAUCGGUAGUCGACAAGUUCGGUCGAAUCGACUUUGCAGCAAGUCUGGCUACGCAUGAACCGCCCGCUACUGGUGCGCAUGAAGUCGAGGAACGAGAGUUCGACCUGGCUUUCGAGAACAACCAGAAAAGUAUAUUCUUCUGUUCGAAAGCGAUCUUGGGUCAUAUGGUCAAGCAAGAACCGCUCGAGGGACAAAUCACUCGUGGCAGUAUCGUGAAUGUCGCAAGUAUCGCCUCAACUGCGGCUUUGCCGGGCAUGCACGUGUAUUCAGCAACCAUGGGUGGUGUCUUUGGCUUGAGCAAGACGGAUGCCUAUGACUACGCCACUGACAGAAUUCGCGUCAAUGUGGUUUCCCCGCUCAUGUUCUCACAGCCGAGCCUUUCUGCGUUGCUCGAUGAACAUCCCUUUGGGCGAUACACUCUACCAGAGGAUGUUGCUAACGCUGUGGCGUUUCUUGUUGGGCCACGUGCUGACUUCAUAUCGGGUAUCACUCUUCCCGUUGAUGGUGGCUAUCAUUUGAAGACUGGAGGUCCCCCCAGAUAG